AUGGACGACCUCACCCCUACACCAGUGUCAGGGCCUGUCGAGCAAACGGCAGAUAACAAAGAGACUGGUAAAAUAAUCGAGACCCCUCCCAAGAACAAGAAUGUCAAGAGGGCUAGGAAUACAUAUGUGUCGACUCGUACCGCCUACAGCGAUAUGACCAGAGGAAUCCCGGUGGCCGUGAUCGACAGAUGCCACCCAGACGUGACACUGAACCAGGAGCAGGUAGAACUGGUCCAGAAUGCAAUUGUGGAUGCGCUGUAUGCGGCCCCAUCAGGGAGCGAGGGCGUAGCACAAUUCGAAAGGAGCUGGUUCAGCGGAAGGGUCUUAUCAGUGACCUGCGCGAAUAAGCGUAGCCUUAGCUAG